AUGAAGGAGAAAACACCCGCUGGAAAGCUGGAUGAUUUAAAACCUUAUGAAGAUCCAUAUCUUAAAAAACAUCCUGGAGGAGUAAAUCCAAUCACAGGCGAGAUUUUGACCAAAUUGUCGAAACUUUCCUUAGAAGGGGUAGAAGCGAUAGCCGAACAAGCGCCAUACUCAUUUCAUAAAUACUUGUUUAGCUUCAAGAUCUGGCCAAAAUUCUCAAUUGGAGGCCCGGCUGGACCCGAACCGACUCGAUACGGCGACUGGGAGCGUAAAGGACGUGUUUCAGACUUCUGA